UCAGUAGAGAAGGGUACAUAGUUCUCACUGCUCUCUUCUAACUAGUUUUCUCCUGAUCUCCAGCAUGCUGUGCCUGUGGCUCCCUGGAGGCUUCCACAUGGCAGUUCUGAUGGUGCUGCUGAUGGUGCUGAGCCCUCCUGUGGCUUUGACCAGGGACCUUCAACCGCGGUUCCUGGAACAAGCUAAAUUCGAGUGUCACUUCCUCAACGGGACGCAGCGGGUGCGCUAUCUGGUGAGAUGCUUCUACAACGGGGCGGAGUACGUGCGCUUCGACAGCGAGGUCGGGGAGUACCGCGCGGUGACCGAGCUGGGGCGGCGGGACGCCGAGUACUGGAACAGCCAGCAGGACCUCCUGGAGCAGAAGCGGGCGGAGGUGGACACCGUGUGCCGACACAACUACGGGGUCGGGUACGGCUUCACCGUGCAGCGCCGAGUUAAGCCUGUGGUGACCGUGUACCCCACAAAGACUGAACCCCUGCAGCACCACAACCUCCUGGUGUGCGCUGUGCAUGGAUUCUACCCAGGCAACAUUGAAGUCAGAUGGCUCCGCAAUGGCCAGGAGGAGCAGGCUGGGGUGGUGUCCACAGGCCUGGUCUACAAUGGAGACUGGACCUUCCAGAUCAUGGUGAUGCUGGAGAUGACCCCCCAACAGGGGGACGUCUACACCUGCCACGUGGAGCACCCCAGCCUGGACGGUCCUGUCACCGUGGAGUGGAAGCCCCAAUCUGGAUCUGCGCAGGGCAAGAUGAUGAGUGGAGUUGGGGGCUUUGUGCUAGGGCUGCUCUUCCUGGGUGCAGGGCUGUUCAUCUACCACAGGAACUCAAAAGGACACUCUGGACUUCAACCAGCAGGACUCCUGAGCUGAAGUGAAGGUGGACAGCUGGGAAGGCAGGACCUCUGCCCCUACCUCUCCUCAUGACAUCACUCCAGCUUGGCUCUAAUUCUUCAGAGAGCAGUAACGCUUUCUCUGGACCUGGCUUCAUCCUAGCUCAGUGCCCAGUAGAUCCUGUCCUCCCUGAUGGCUCCCCCAGCCCCUGUCCCUGAGCUGGAAGCCCAGUGCAGACUGCAAGGUCUGCUCUGCACUCUCUCUUGGCCCUUUUGCAUUCAAACCUUCUGCCACCCUCCCUGCCCCCAUUCAAUCCAAUCUGGCCUGUGUCACAAUACUUCAUUUUAUGUUUCCCUCAAAUAAACAUGGAGCUAAAAAAUUUUUCCCACAGGAAUUUCCUACAGUUUCUUGUUUGUCCCAUAAGAAAUAAAAUAUGGUAUUAUAUGUAUUUUUCUGAUAUUAUGAGAAGAAAGAAAUUCAGACAUAUCAAAGUUAUUCUGAACCAGAAACAGAUUCUGAUUUGAUAUGUUUUUAAUUUCCUCUUUAUUACAAUAUCUAUCCAAUCAUUUUCACUACUUCAGAAACUGUAGAUCUCUAUAUGAUGAUCACUUUUUCUGCAGUUCAAUUUAGAAGAAUAAGUAUAGUUUUCUGUGUGUGUAAGAACCCUGUCCUUUAUUUUAAAGUGAAUGAUCAACAUGAUACAUAUAACACAUUUGUUAUUCUAAAUUUUGAUUUCUACUCUGGAUAGUUAAUGGUCAUUUGUGGUAUAUCUUCUAUUAUAUUAAAAAAGUAAAAAAUAUGGAGAGCUAUUUUAAGGUU